AUGUCGACUCAACAGGCCGCAUCCUUGACGAUACGUCCCCUGAUUCCCGAUGGUGUAUACACCAUCCGUCAAGAUGGGAACCUCCUCACGUCGGACCCUGAUGGUUGUUACGUUUCCACCCAGACUGAACAAACUUCUGGUUCUGCCCAGAAGUGGAACAUCAAGUAUAAUACGGCCAGCCGUACCUACACCAUCACCAACGUUCAAUACAAGACUUCGGUCAACCGCAAGGACGGGCAGAAGGACAGUGUCUUCGCGAAGGAUGCGGAGACUAAGUGGCAGGUCGUAUCGGAUCAUGAUGGGCAGAACGAUAAGUUCAUGAUUGGCCUUUGGGAUGCGGAUAUACCUGAGUGGCUGGACAAUGAGAACAGUUCGGUUACUCUCCGCAGCCGUGACCCGGCCACCCGUCGCGACAAACAGCGCUGGACCCUCGAUCUCAAAGAACUUUCCGCUACUCAGCCUUCUGUCGAUCCCAAGCCUACAAGUGACUCUGUCCACGAUUCAUUCAGUCGCCUGAAGAGCGGGGGUUAUUAUUCGCUUAUAAACGUGCAGACGGGGGAUGAUCUUAUUGUUUGGACGAAGGAUCCUAAGGUGUCGAUGUGGACGAAUCCGGAUAGGAGCAAGCCGAGUGCUCAGUGGAAAUUGAACUUCAGUUCCGGUGGAAACGUCCAAAUCACGAGUUCCCAAAACUCGCGUACCCCGCGCUUCCUGUCCUCAUCGGGCCUCAGCACGACGGCCACUGAAUGUCAAUUGAAGUCGUGCGACGGACAGGAUGAGACGUUCAUGUAA